AUGAAGCAGUCGCCUCAUAACGCACAUGUUGACUCCAUAGAGAGUAUGGAGCAAGGUAGCUGGAUCCAAACCCGCAAAAUCAACUACACGGACCCAGCAGGAAGGCCCAGAGUGUGGGAGAUGGCCGUGAGAACCACUCGUUCCGAGACCACCGGCUUGGAUGCUGUAAGUAUCUUGGGUUUACUCCGUGAUGGCGAAAGUCCCAAGCAGGUAGUUUUGGUCAAGCAAUUCCGGCCUCCAUGUUCGAACGUGGUGAUCGAAUUGCCAGCUGGAUUGAUUGACCCGGAAGAGUCGGUAGAAUCGACUGCGGAACGAGAAUUGAUUGAGGAAACUGGAUACCAUGGAACAUUUGUAAGUCUGAACCACAACGACGUGACCAUUUACAGUGACCCAGGCUUGACCAAUGCCAACAUGGCGUUGGUGACUGUGGACAUUGAUUUGGCGGAUGAGAGAAACAAGAAUCCCCAGCCGCAAUUAGAGGAUGGCGAGUUCAUUGAAGUUUUCAAGUUGCCUUUGAAGGGGUUUCUUGGAGGUUUGGUCAAGGUUUGUCAGGAGGAGAAUUGUGUGAUUGAUGCCAGGUUGUAUCACUUAGCAGUGGGACUUAAGUUGGCCGAGGAUCUUCAGUCAUAG